ACUCGAUAUUUGUUACGCUAUCCCUAGUAAGAUUUGGACAGAUACGUAUGUACAUAUUUCAAACUCCAUGCGUUAGAUAUUCCUGUUUAAUACAUGUUUUACACAUGUAAAUAAAUUCCACGUUACUUUCUUUAAAUUAUUCUGCAACAUUAUUUUCAGGAUCUAUGUUUGAUGGUCUAGCAAUUGAUUCCGAGCUGCGUCUAUUGUUUUAUACGGAUACAGGAAAAAAGGAAAUUGUAAAAAUGAGACUGGCUGACACAGAAAUUACUGUCUUAUUUGAUUCGUUUCUUGAGAAACCUAGGGAUAUAGAAAUCGAUUCAUCUAGAAGAAAAAUAUAUUGGACAGACUGGGGCAUGAAUGCAAAAAUUGAAACAGCAUACUAUGACGGGACAAACAGAAAGACUAUCGCCAACACAAAUUUAAAAUGGCCUAAUGGUAUUUCUUUGGAUCAUGAAGCUGAAAUUAUCUACUGGUGCGACGGUGGUACAGGGAACAUUGAAAAGUCAAAUAUUGACGGUACAAACAGGCAAAUUGUGAAGAGAGCACCUGGAUCUCAUCCCUAUGGAAUUGCUCUUUACGGUGACAUUCUUUUCUAUACAGAUUGGGAAACAAGGUAA